AUGGACUCAGAUAGGGAAAACCCCCUCUUCUACUCGCCCAUCGGCGAUAACCCCAAACACAUCCUCGACCUUGGAACAGGCCAAGGAAACUGGGCCAUUGAUGUCGCCGACAUGUUCCCAUCCGCCUGUGUCCGUGGCGUUGAUCUCUUCCCACCACCCGUAGCCUGGAUGCCACCAAACUGCAUCCUAGAAGUGGACAAUAUCGCCGAACCAUGGACCUGGAACGAACCCCAAGAUCUAAUCCACAUCAGAAUCAUGAUCGGCUCCUUCGAUCCCUCAGAAUGGGAACGAGUCUAUUAUCAAUGCUACAACAAUCUCCGCCCGGGCGGCUGGAUGGAACAACUCGAAGCCAAACCCUUUCUCGAAUGUGAUGACAACAGCCUUCCGGCCGAUAACAUCCUUCGAACAUGGGGUCCUAAUCUAUUAGGAUGUGGUGAGCGUGCCGGCCGACCCCUCGACACAAUGGAGAGGAUGAAAGAGCGGUUCCAGAACGCGGGAUUCGUCGACAUCCAUGAAAAAGAAUACAAGUGGCCUAUUGGGCCGUGGGCCAAGAAUCAAAAGUACAAGGAGGCUGGGGUGGUGAAUUUCCAUCACUGGAUGUCUGGCAUGGAAGGCUGGUCGAUGUGGUUGCUGACGAGGUUUGGGGCCCCAAAGCCAUGGUCGCAUGACGAGGUCAUUGUUUAUAUUGCGAGACUGAGGGCUGAGUUGAAGAAUCCUCGGUAUCAUGUUUAUGAGCGAGCGCGACGGGUUUGGGCGCGGAAGCCGUUCCCUGGGGAGGUUUCGAGGGCGCCUAGGAGGGUUAUUAUCAAACAGGAACGGGCGUAA